AUGGGACCAGCGCCGCCGCCGCCACCGCCGCCUCCCGACGCUGAUAGCUCCUCGAGUUCUGCACCGAUGUCGUCCGUUCCAACUCCUGCUCCUCCCACUGCUCUCCCUCUACACGCUCCAUCUACUACCAACGACCCUGCUUCACCCAGAUCGAGCACCAGCACCCACGUCGCAGGCUCGUCGUCAACCGCGAGCCACAGUCCCGCACAGGCGCCGUCCUCGAAGCUUUUGAACCACUUGCCGCUGGACGCUCCCGAUGAGCUCGACCGCAAAUGGUACGCGCACUUUUACCACAUGCAGAAGACCAUCCAGGGCAAAGACGAGGCAGCAGCGCUCGCCAUCUUGAAGCAGCAGCCGACCGAAGGCGCGACGCCGCUGCCGUUCCAGCCGUACAUUGCGCUGCUGUAUGCAGUGAUUACAGAGCCCUCGCAGUCGAAGCAGCACCUCCGGUACUUGACAGCAGUGGCAGCUGCUGACAACUACAAGAACUGCAUGGCCUGGCUCCAGAAGCUCAUUGACCUCAAGUUUGUCAAGCUGCUCGUAGCAUGUCGCAGUCAAUUGCUCUGGCUCGUACGAGAGCUCGUGCACGUGAAUGCGCCUGGCGUGGACAAAGUCAUCGCGUGUUUGAUGCGGUACCUCACGGGCGGAGACCCGAGUCGCACGACCAUUUGGCUGGCGUCGUCGAUGAUUCGCGUGCUAAUUGAGCACGAAGCUUGGCUGCUGUCGUGCUCGAGCUUGAUUCCAUUUGUAUUUCACGCGUUUGCGCGGAUUUCGCUCGACCACUCGGCUGCGCAACAUGCAAGCUUGUUGAAGCAAGAGGUAGAGCUGUGCACGACGUUGUGGAACCGUCGGCAGGCAGAUGUGGCACAGCUUGGACGAGAAGUCGUGCGUGUGCUCAGCGACGCAAAGGAUAUUCCAGGGAUGAAUGCGCUAUGGAAACAAUUGCGAAAUGUGCGGGACACUGCCGAGGCGGAAAGGGAUGUCACCGUGUACUCGGUGGCACAUUUGAUGGCGAUCCCGACUCCUCCAAAGUACCUUGCUUACCGACUGAAUCCUAAAAUGGAGGAAUAUUUGCUCUUCAUGAUGGAACGUGUUCAAGCUGCUUCUGUGACGCGCUACCAGAAGUGGUUUUCAUCACAAUUCUUGAGCAGUGCGGGAUCGGACGCACUCGUUCCCGACCUUGUGCGAUACAUUUGCGCUGUCUAUCAUCCCUCCAACCAGAUUUUAAGCUCGAAGGUUACACCGCGAUACCAUAUUCUUGGAUGGCUCUACCUGCUCUGCCACGGUAGCAAAACUCCGAAUUUGUUGGCUCGAGUUCAACUUGCUAUGUUUUUCGACUAUUUGUACUUCAAACCAUCAGACAACGUCAUGACUGUAGAGCCUGCAAUUUUGCUUAUGGUGAAGUCGCUCAAGAGCCAUCCCAUGGUGACGCUCUCGAUGAUUCAGUUCCUCGUCUUUGCUGUCGAGAAGUACGCUGCCUCAGCUGUCAAUCGAAAGCUCAUGCAGAAGGGUGUCUCAACUGCAUUCUCGACGACAUUAAAGCUUGGCGUUGUGCCGUCUAUCCUGCCACUCCAGUCUUUUCCGAUGCUGCUGUCCAGUGCACCGGAACUGCAGUCAGAGCUUCACCGAAUAUUCCCGGAGCAUUUUCCCACCGCUGAGAAUGCAAAUAUGACUCAAACACAAGGCUCAGCAUCUAGUCCGGUAUCCACUGUCAGUGGGAGUCCUGCUAGAUCCUCUGGUCCCGCGUCGUCUCCUGGCAGACAGUCGCCUAUCAAACAUUCACCUGCUCGAGAAUCGCCCGUCCGAAGCAGUCCAAUUGGCGCUGGAAGCCCCUCCGCAUCGCCAUUGCAAUCGCAGAGUCCAAUACAUUCGGAUACAAGCUUGGGUGGCAGCGCGUCCUCUGAUGCGAACUCCCUUGGCGCGCUUUCCUUUUUGCCCAGCAAUCAAGAUACAGUGGAGUCUGCAACAGAGCCGGCUACUCAUGGCGUUGGUCUCAUGCCGACAGCGCCGGCAGCUGGUAUGCCUCAUGUGCAACCUGUCGUUGAUGUUCCCGAAAGUAUCGCCGCACUGGGGCUCAACGACAUCAAGCGCUUUCAGGAGACAAUGCCCGAGCCGUGUUCAUGUCCGUCGGAGAGCUUUCUGGAGUGCCUGAACGACAUUUUGAUUUUGUGGUCUCGACAAGACAACGCCGUUGAACUCGCCGCCUCGUUGGGGUCGUUCCUGCACGUCUCGUUAGAACGAAUGAUUGUGACGUCUCGGAUUGCAGUGGGUGGGUCAUCAGAAGCUACGUCUGCGAGCAUCUUCGAUUCAAUCCUAGACCAGGUGCUCAACGAAUCCUCGGAGCUCCAUGUGCCAUUCUUGAAGGCCAUGUAUGCACGAGACGUCACGAUAUCCUAUCGCUUGCUUGUCUUCUGCUGCUCACGAGGCAACGGGAAGAGUCCGGACAUUGCUCUUGGGCCAUACGCUGUAUUUGCCGAUGCCGUCGGUGACAACUUGGCUCAACGCGUCGUGAAAGACCUGAGUUUGAGUCAGCAGAUUGACGAUGCGCGGGCGCAGGCACGCGGGUUACUGGACAAGCCCGUGUCUGUCAGUUCGCCCGAGGGCGAGAUGGAUGCCGUGAGUGCCACUUCGCUUUUCGUGUGCCCAUACUUGUUUGCAAAUAUGGAGCAUCCGUUCCUUUCCAAGCUCGAAGGUCGCAGCGAAGCGCUGGUACAGUUGCUCCUCGGGCUCCUGACGCCAGCAAUGCUGCACACACUGUGCACUCGCAUUGUCAUGCGUGAGUUUUCGAUCUUCAACAACCGGCUGGCCAACAUUGUCCUCUCGUCGUUGCAGUGGACAUCGUGGGAGCAAUACAGUAUGUGGGACCUCGUUGUCGCAGAGCUCCAAGCGGGGCGUUCAGCUGCUGCUGAACGAAACAUGAUGGCAGCAGCACGAAAGGUGUUAGCGUGUGUGGACCCAAAAGAGACGCCAGAGACGAUGACCGGGCUGCUCAAGUGUCUGAUCCACUUUCGUCCGGACAUCAGCGUCUUACAAUGCGUGUUUAACCUCUCGGACACAUACGAUGCUUUUUCGCUGGCAGUAUUGGCUUGCUGGAUGGACAAAUUCCCUGACGUCGUCACGAGAUUCGUCCACAGCUCUCUCGACAGUGCCGACGCGAGCAGCUUUUCCAAGGACACGGCAGUAGCAAACUUGAUUGGCAAAUUGGACCAUCUCCAAGAUGCACGCAGUCGCACUGUCCGUCCAAGUGGCAUGGAGUCUGAAGUGCUUGCGGUGCUACAGGACGACAACAUCGUCUCGACAUUGAAGAAGCUGUUGCAGCGUUCAAUCGACACGUCGCCAGCAGCUGAUGCCUACCCCACAUUACGCGCGUUUCUCAAGGACGAACAACCUCGUUACAAGAAGCCGAGGCUUGCCGACGAUAAUCAAGCGUAA